GCUCCUGCAGCAGCAACCGCAAAGGAGCCAGGAAGAGGAGGAAGAAGGAGGCUGAGAUAACUGAGGGCUGGGGAGGCUCUGCCCUGAACAAAGCACCAUGCCUGAUGAGGGUACCCCAGCGGGUGAGACCUGCCUUGUCUUCCUAUAUUUUGGGGUGUGGGUAUGGGUGGGCAACAACCCCAAAAUAUAUCCUCCUCCUCCUGUUUUCCUACUCUGUAGAGGGCUACCCCCUUUUUGUUUCCGAAAAAAAUUCCACCUCCUCCUGUCAAGCUCCUCUGAGCAUAUUCAGAGUACGUUUCCCCCUCUGUGGAUCGAUUGGUUCGCUAUGUCUCUCCCUCCCUUCAAAACAAACAAACCCUGCUAUUAAUUACUGCUUUGUUGACUCUGUUAUGGUAGGUUGUAGACAAUGUUUGUCCUACUCGGAGGAGGCCCAUUAAAGUUAGCCGUGUCUGUUAAUUUCAGUGCUAAGAAGGACAAAGUCUGGAUCCACUCCUUGCUUUUCUUAUUCUCUUUGUUAAGUGACCCUAGAACCCCUCAAUGCUGAAGGGCAGUGGAGAAAUUCAUGAACAAAAUAAAAAAUAAGUAUGUGAGUCAAUAAUAAUGAUUUUUUUUUAAUGGGCCAUUGGACAAAGUGUGCCAAUGGAUCUCCAGAACCUGCACCUUCCAGCAGGAAACUAUGUGUGCAUUGAGCAUGUACAGAGUGUAUCCCAGUGGGGCAUACACUUUCCUUUAAAUUCUCUAGCAUUAGAAAGAAGAAAGAAAUCCAGGAAACAACAAAAACAUUGUUCUCGUCUUCACUGCAAUUCCGCACCACUGAUAUGGACUCUCUGCUGGUGGAGUCUCCCUCCUUGUAGCUUUUUAAGCAGAGGUUGGAUGGUCGUCUGCCAUGGAUGCUUUAGUUGAGAUUCCUGCAUUGUGGGGGGUUGGGAUAGAUAACCCUCAGGGUUCCAACUCUAUGAUGCUAUGAUUUUAUAUCCUUAGUUGUAGGUCCGACUACUGCUGCUACUACUACUACUUAAAAUAAUAAUAAUAAUAAUAAUAAUAUAUUUAUACCCAGCCCACCUGGCUGAGUUUCCCCAGCUCCCAAUCGAGUGUUAAAAACAAUACAGCAUUAAAUAUUAAAAAUUUCCCUAAACAGGGCUGCCUUCAGAUGUCUUUUAAAAAUAAGAUAGCUGCUUAUUUCCUUGACAUCUGCUGGGAGGGCGUUCCACAGGGCGGGCGCCACUACUGAGAAGGCCCUCUGUCUGGUUCCCUGUAACCUCACUUCUCGCAAUGAGGGAAUAGCCAGAAGGCCCUCGGCGCUGGAUCUCAGUGUCCAUAUCAAUAUCAGUCACCACCACCACUUCCAUGAAUAGAGGAGGGAGAAAGGUUGUUUUCUGCUGCUCCAGAGAAGCGGACACGGAGCAAUGGAUCCAAAGUACAAGAAAGAAGAUUCCACCUAAACAUUAGGAAGAACUUCCUGACAGUAAGAGCUGUUUGACAGUGGAAUUUGCUGCCAAGGAGUGUGGUGGAGUCUCCUUCUUUGGAGGUCUUUAAGCAGAGGCUUGACAACCAUAUGUCAGGAGUGCUCUGAUGGUGUUUCCUGCUUGGCAGGGGGUUGGACUCGAUGGCCCUUGUGGUCUCUUCCAACUCUAUGAUUCUAUGAUUCUAUGAUUCUAUGAAUUCUGGUGAUGGAUUGAGUCAAAGGAAAGUUGGGCAUUCGUCAUGGCUUGACAACGGCCACCACUGAAUUUUGCCCCAUUCUACUGUCUCCCCCCCCCCAACUGUGCUACUUAGUGAGUAGGGGGUCUGUUGCUCUUCUCCAGAAGCUCCGAAGAAGAAGCCCAGGUUCAAGAGCAUUCAUGAUGCAGUCAGAGCUGGGAACGUAGAACAACUUCAGGAGAUGGUGAAAUGUGGAACGAGCAUUAAUGAAGUGGAUCCGGUCUACAAUUUUACACCCUUGCAUUGGGCAGCCCAUUCUGGGAGCCUGGAGGUAAGAGAUUGUCCCAGGUUACUGUGAAGGGAAGAAGGGAUAUCAUUAUGCAGUCUCUAUUGACCCUACUAAAUGUCUGAGAAAACAACAAAGAGACCUAUGGCUUUGCCAGGGUAAAGACUGAGGCUGCAUACACAUUAUGCCUUUAAGGUAAAAGGUCAAGGACCCCUGGACGGUUAAGUCCAGUCAAAGGCGACUAUGGGGUUGCGGCGCUUAUCUCGUUUUCAGGCCGAGGGAGCAGGCGUUUGUCCACAGACAGCUUUCUGGGUCAUGUGGCCAGCAUGACUAAACCACUUCUGGCGCAACAGGACACUGUGACGGAAACCAGAGCGCAUAGAAAUGCCAUUUACCGCAGCGGUACCGAUUUAUCUUCUUGCACUGGCAUGCUUUCGAACUGCUAGGUUGGCAGGAGCUGGGACAGAGCAACGGGCGCUCACUUCAUCACGGGGAUUCGAAUGGCCAACCUUCUGAUUGGCAAGCCCAAGAGGCUCAGUGGUUUAGACCAGUGUUCCCCAACCUUGGGUCUCCAGCUGUUUUCGGACUACAAUUCCCAUCAUCCUUGACCGCUGGUCUUGCUAGCAAGGGAUGAUGGGAGUUGUAGUCCAAAAACAGCUGGAGACCCAAGGUUGGGGAACACUGGUUUAGACCACAGCACCACCCGUGUCCCUUUAAGGCACAUUCGGAGCACAUUAUUUCCUCAAGGAAUUCUGGGCACUGUAGUUUAGCCCUUUGCAGAGUUGCAAUGCCCAGCAUCCCUUACAAGGGUUGCAAAUCUUUUGUCCUUGCAGUGCUUUCAGUGGCUGCUCUGGAAUGGAGCUGAUAAGACGGCGGUGACAGGCCGAGGCUGGACAGCGGCUCACCUUGCUGCCAUCAAAGGUCAGGAUGCCUGUAUGCAGGUAAGCGUCUUUGUUCACUCAUGGUUGAGGCUGGAUUCAGACAAGGGGGUUUAUAAACCCCUUCUCGUUUCACAUUUGCCACUGUUGUAAACUCUGGGGUUUUGGUCUCGAGUGGGUGGAUAGAGAGAAACGCAUCUUCCUUUCUCAAAAUAUAAGGCUGUGGGCUCAUCCAGUGACGAUGGAUAGCAGAAGAUUCGGGGCAGAUUAAAGAAAGGAUGGCUUCACACAAUUCACACAUGGAAUUCCCUGCCAUAGGAUGUGGUGGUGGCCACUAGGAUUUGAUGGCUUUGUAAGUGGAUUCGAUUGGGAGUGGGGAAUCUCAGGCCCAAAUGUGUCGUCCCCCCCAAGCCUGUCUAUCUGGCCCUUGGUACUCUCCCUAGCCUAUGGUUACCAGACGUCCCCGUUUCCUGAAGACAGUCCCCGGAUUUACAAAUCUGUCCCCGGACAAAAUCCGUCCCCAUUUUUCAUUUAACGUCCCCGGAUUUAUAUUUUAAGUGCUGUAGAUUUGUUAGUAGGGAAUGAAUGGUGUGUGAUUGGUUCAGCAGCACAAGACACAUCAUAUGGGGACUUCUGGCGAGGCAAAAUGGUGGAUGCCACGGCAGCGAGCAGCUUCUGAAGCCAGCCAGAGCCAACUGCGCUACCAGGCUGGCUCCAGGCUGCUGAGACUGCUGCUGCCGCCACCACUGCUGAGGGGGAACCGGGGACGCCCACCGCGUCAACUGGGGCAACUGCUCCCCCCCCCCAUGACCCAAAUCGAGCCAGGAGCGGGAACACCGGGCCACCCAGCCGACAGCUCAGCAGUACUCUGGGGCUGACGCAGGGGGAAGGAGGAGAGGAGGAGAAGGAAGAGAGAGAAAGAGGAAGGAGAAAAAUGAGGGGAGCCCCGACUUUGCCGUGCCACUGAGGACAAGAGGUAGGAGAGCACCGGGAGGGCAAGGACACGUGGCUGAGCCCAGGCCCGACCUGAGCCUAUUCCACAGCGGCUAGCACUCCAAGAGAGCAGGUCAGGGCCCAGAGGAAGGCCGCAAGACAGAGGAGAAUUUGGAAAAUUAAUAAAAUGAUAUCAAAAAAGAAAAGAAAAAAAAGAACAAUAUACAGCUAUCUAUCUUGCUUUCUUAUGUUGUAAAAUGGACAAAGUAUAUAAGAAAACUUGAGAGUCCCAUGGACUGCAAGAAGAUCAAACCUAUCCAUUCUGAAGGAAAUCAGCCCUGAGUGCUCACUGGAAGGACAGAUCCUGAAGCUGAGACUCCAAUACUUUGGCCACCUCAUGAGAAGAGAAGACUCCCUGGAAAAGACCCUGAUGCUGGGAAAGAUGGCGGGCACAAGGAGAAGGGGACGGCAGAGAACAAGAUGGUUGGACAGUGUUCUCGAAGCUACCAGCAUGAGUUUGACUAAACUGCGGGAGGCAGUGGAAGACAGGAGUGCCUGGUGUGCUCUGGUCCAUGGCAUCACGAAGAGUCGGACACGACUAAACGACUAAACAACAACAACAACAACAUAAGAAAAUAAGAAGCACUUUGCUGGAUCAGGCCAAUGGCCCAUCUAGUCCAGCAACUCGUUCUCAGAGUGGCCAAUAGGAUGCUUCUGGGAAGCCCACAAGAGGGGUAUUCUUUGGUUAUUACUGUAUAACAUCAAAGUGUCUCUACUAAAUGCUAUAAUUUAGCUUAAGGAAUUUGUGUUUCAGGAUAAAAUUUGAGACUAGGAACUUUGCUUUGUGUAUUCACAGUCCCUUCUUCUUCAUGAAGUAGAUCUUGGAACUCAAGAUGACCGAGGCUGUACUCCCGCCCAUCUGGCAGCAACCCACGGGCAGUCAUACACUUUGCAAACGAUUCUGCGAAGCGGAGUAGUAAGAAAAACACUCGUCUUGCCCUUUCCCCGCUCCUCUCCUGAGGAUUGCCAUGCUUCUAUUUCCAUUGACUCACUUAUACCUUUCUAGCCUGCCCUUCCUCUAAAUGGAUCUCAAAGCACCCGAAAAGGUCAAUCCUUUCCCCCAAGUUAUCUUCAAAACAAUCCUGUGAGGUAGAUAAGGCUGAGAGAUCAUGACUGGCCAAAGGCCACUCGUUGGUCUUCAUGGCAGAGGGCCAAAGUCAACAUGACGCUAAACAUGCCACGUCAAAUGCCAUGGUUGUUUUAAAAAUUUUAAUAGCCACCAAACAGGAGACCUGAUUGUCACUUGAGGAGAGGAAAGAGUUAAGUCUUCUGCCUGUUACUGUGCCCCCAGUGAAAAUGAUCUCUUCUUGUGGCUAAAAGGUGUUACUGGAAAUUUUUGCUGGGACCUUGGAAGGUGGGGGUGAAGAGGAGGAAAGGGUUAAGCCUGCUUUACCUAACUUUCAGUCCUGGCGAAAAGUCUGCCCCUCCUUUGUGAUUAAUAAUAACACCUCAACGGUCAAAUCCAGGACACAGUCUUCCAGGCCGCCAUCUUCCCAUUUUUCUCUCGCAAGAGAACGGCGGCCAUUUUGGAUGCCUUGAUUUCAUGCUGUGGUUUCCCCUUGGGGGGAAAAAGUGCUUUUUUGGGGCACAGCAUCCAAAAAUGUGCAUUUUGGGGUGCCACUUAAGAUUGCUGCCUUGUAGAAAGUGUUUUGUUUUUUUUUUAAUAAAAUAUUUAUUGAAAUUUUCAAAGUGUUACAACAUAAAAAAAGCAGAAGAAAAUACAAAAUAAAAAUAGUUAACAAAGUAGAAAAAGAAAAAAAAACAAACCCCUUCCAACCAUACAAAUACAAAUUCAAAAAUAAGAAAAAAGGACAGAAAGAAAAACAAAAAUACAAUUUAAGAACAUUUAAAAACAAAUUCAUUAUUCUCGAAUCCUCAACUGUCAUUACCUUCUUUCUUUGACCUCCUCCUCCUCCCUUUCUUUGUAUCCUAGUUAUUAAUUAUCCCAGCAAAUCCUUUCCAUAUUUCAUAAUAUUCUGUCAUUACAUUACCCUAAACAGUUUUAAUCUUAUCUUUCUAUAAGAAAAUAAACCUUAAAGCUUAAAACUUAAAUCUUAUCCUUACCAACUUCUCAUAACCAUAAUAUUCUUUCAUAAUUCUUUAAACAUCUUUACUAAAGCCGAGUAAUUUCAUUCCAACAUUUUUCUAACAUUCAUCAAUUUUAUAAAACAGUUCUAAUGGUAGAAAAAAAGAAAUACAAACAGAUCCAAUCUUCAUCCAACGUCCCUUCCUCCUGGUUCCGGGUUUUGUCAGUCCUUAUUAUCCCAUCGAUCUGGCCCAUUAACCUGGCAACCUUAUAUCCGAGGCCCUCAAGUCUCUUCCAUGUCCCUUUCGCAGCUCUUCUUCAUAUUUGUAACUGUAUUUUCCCUUGUCUCCUGCUCGUGGUAACUCCAGCUUGGCAAUAUUUUUAACCCUUCUCGACAUAUAAGCCCCUUUUCCGUAUUCAGCACUGAAUUCCAUAUGGUAUUUAAAAGCAUGUUUCAAAGACCCUCCAAAAUGAAGAGCCCCCACAAUCCCAAACAUCUCACAGCCCAUUGCCAGAUUUGAAAAGUCCAAACAUCCCAGCAUAGGGGGGUCAAUCCAGUCCCCCAUUUCCAAGCCAAACCAAACUUUUUCUUUCCAAAUCUGGCUUUUUCCAAGUUCAUUUGUCAAAUCCGAAAACUCAUAUUCCUGUUGGGCCUGUUCUGUCAGGACACACUCCUGAUUUAAUUCCUGGGUGGGCUCCACAUAUUUUCCCACUGUCUGUUCAAAAUUUCCCACUGCCUGUUCAAAAUUUCUAGUCGAAGUCGUCAUCAAAUUCACCUUCUCAUGUAACUGUUCCAGUAGGGCAUUUGUUUUGUAGAAAGCACACAACAAAGCUUCUGAAUACAUUGUCCUGCAAGGUCAAAUGCCUAUUCCCACGAUUAUAAUCUGUAAACAGCUGCCGGCUCCCUGGAGUUGGUUACAGUUUCACAGUCUCCCUCUAGGGGGAAAACUUCUAUUUGAUCUUGCAACAAAGUUUCCCUUUUUGAGAUACUUUGUCAAUAUUUGUUCCUUUGAAAUGCGAAGGGAAACAGUGGAAUCACUAUGUUUCUCUUCUUUUAGCUAUCUGUCAAAAACGUUUGUCUCUGGUCAAUGAACUUCAAACGUCAGUCCUGACACCCCGCUCCAGGAUCAGGACGGAGGAAAGUUGCUUUACUUUAAACUCACUUUAAACAGUCCAAAAAAGAUCCCCCUUCUUCUCCUGCUGUCGAAGGGGGGUUCCACAAUUUAAAAUGAUGAAAUCCAAUCCUUUAAAAGCGAUUUUCUGAGUUCUAGUUUACGUUGUCUUUGCUUUAUUCUGUCUACAGAAGAACGGAAGGCUGACUUCCUGUUUAGACCUUCCCGUUCCGUACCAAAUUGAAAUAGAUUUUUAAGAUCCAAUUCCUUUCUGCUCGCAAGUCCCCAUCUAAUGUCCAGUUGUUCAAAGUCUAAGUACUCACGGGUGCUUAUUUUAGAGUCCAAAUUGUCCCAGGAAAAAGGCAGCGCUCUCCGGCAACGGCUAUGCGGCUUCGCUCCACGGAAAUAGCAGUUGACUCACAGCACCGCGCCACUUCCCCCUCUUCACUUCGGAGCCCGUUAGUGGGUUCCUUAGCGAGUUGGGGGGGGGCGCUAAAGGUGCCCGAGUCCCAUGGUCACAGGCUUCAUCCGCCUGUGAUUUUUGAAAGGGUCCCCGCUUCGCCGUAGCGGAGAAGACCCGUUUCCCGCGGAGCUAGUCCCUCCAGUUCAGAGGGAGUCCGCCAUUGCCGAUGGCGCCACCCCGGAAUUUUGGGGUGCAUUUUGGGGUGCCACUUAAGAUUGCUGCCUUGUAGAAAGUGUUUUUUGGGUGGGUGGGGGUGUAUGAAAUUGGGACGUCUUGCUUUGGGACUUCCUGAAGGCAUUUGGUUGGCCAAUAUGGGAAGUGGCCUGCAUAGUAAUUUUAGGCACAUCUAGCAAGCCUUUUUUAAGGGUUUUUUUUGUCCGAUCUAGCAGGACUCUUUUACGGUCUCAUGCUCUGACCUCAUGGGGGAAUGGGCUGUAACAAGCUCCACUCUGUUACAAGAUUAUGGGAAACUCAGUGGUCUGGGCUCUGCAGUGGCCUGACCCCCAUUUUGGGGGCGGGCCUGUUAGGAUAUUUCCGUUCCACCUUAAAAGGGAGCAGGCUUUGUGAAUCAGAGUCUGCGUAUUUCCUGUUUUCACAGGAUGUUUAUGUUUGCUAUAGCUUUCGUUUUCUCUCUGUGUGUCGUAGACACUAAAGCAGGCAGUCAUGUUUUUCUGUGUUCUGAUCAACGCAGAAUAAAACUUGUAAAUAAUGCUCUCCUGAGUGCGACUUUGGCUGUGCAUUAUCUGCUGAUAAAGAGUGUGCAUGAGCUCUGGAAUGUGGCAAGCUAUUUCUAGAAACUCAUGUCGCUAAUUGUUGAUACUGCGUGACUACGGGAGAUCGAUGGAUCGUCCGGCAGCCUGCUUGGGGGCCAUGAUGGACUUUGUCUCCCUGGCAGUAUCCCAACAGGGCCUUCCUCCGGAGGCUUAGAUGUCAGGCUGAAAUUUCCCACUUCUGGGCAUGGUGGCAUCUUCCGUGCCCAGUUCUUUGAGGUCUACCAAAAUCCACUUCCCCAACUUAAAAUCUGGAGAUUUAAAGAAUCUGCUUUUCCUCUUUGAAACCAGGAUGUCAACGUUUCUGACAGGCACGAUUGGAAGCCAAUUCACAAGGCUGCUUUUCACGGCCGGCUGGGCUGUGUCCAGCUUCUUCUUAGAUGGGGAGCUACUUUAGAUGAUGUGGACAACAAUGGAAAUCUUCCAGGUACAGAAAGGGGGUGGGGGAAGAUGAUCAUUGUAAUGGACUGGGGAAUAAUGAUAAGAGGGGAAUCUCUUUGUUACAGAGAGACAGAUAGCGAGAAUAACCUGGGUCAGUGAUGGUGGAAAGUGCAAUGUUUCUAUGUGUACUUUUUGCAAAAUUUGGGUCAUAUCCAAUGCUGCCCCUCCACUUGUGCAGCAGAAUUCCACUUGGGUAAUAAUCUUUCUCCUUCUCUUCUCAACAACCCACAACAAUUCAUUUUCUUCUUGUUUGCAUCCAUUGGUCUCAAGAGACAAUGGAGUGCACUUCCGGGGGUGAAGUCAAACUGCUGCAUUAGCAGUACUGAAGUGAUCUCCCUGGGGCAACAAGCCUGGCCAGUGUGUAGGGAGGUCCUGGGCUGCCCAGACAACAAGACUCCCAUUUCGGCCUUGCUGAUGUGGUCCAAAGGAAAGCAGAUCCAGAUAUUUGGCAUCAGCUGGGAUGCAGGAGUUGCUGGAAGGAGGCGUACAAGGCACUAACCAACCGUCUUAGGGACUUGGCUCCGGAUUUGUGUAGGGUUUGCUCCUUAGCCUUGCCUUUUCCUGAAGAUACCCCACAAGGCAGCAGAGGUUUAGGAUCUCCUAGAUGGGCUCCCUUCCCAGGUUGAUGAGCCUCCCCUGCUCCUCAUUUCUGCUUGUGCAGAAACUGGCUUCUUAACCGUUGAACCUACUAUUGGUCUUGCAAGCUCAACCCACCGGAGCCUGUUUUUGCAUGCAUGGGAAGCCCCUAACUCCCUGAGUGUUUGAGACCCAUCGGCUACCCUCACCUGGUUUAGCCGGCCAGUCAGAGCCGUUUCCUGGGGUGUGAUUAUUGUCGCAUGCUGAUAGCAUUGAGGGGCCACAGGUGAGAUCUGAGUGCAGGGUGGGGACCAAAGGUGGACAAACUACCCCAGAAGGAGCAUGAUGUGUCCCCCCACCAGGGUACUAUCCUUCCCCUAACACCCCAUACACCCCAUUCAAUUUAUAGGUGGAUGUUAUUGCUGCCACUGGGAAAAAUCCCAUAAAUUGUAUCCAGGUGCUGGAGAAGAUGUUUUCUGUUUGAAUAUUGUUAGUUUGCUGGUCUGUGGGACAAACUACACAUAAGGUUAAAUGCAUUUUUGCAUCUAAUCUGCAGAACUCUGCACCAAUGUGUUCCUCACUCUACUUUCCACCGAGUAACAGUGCUAAUUGUAGUUUUAACUGUCACAGAGGUGGUUUUUGUGUGUGUGUGUGUGUGUGUUGAAAGAGAAUGUUUAACGCUGCUAUUUAGUUGACUGCAUUUUUAAAAAAAUAUGCAGAUUUUUAACUUGUAAAGCACCUUGAGAAACCUCGCUGCCUAGAAAAGCAGUACAAAAGAAGCCUUUUUAUGUAAACUAUAUUAACAGUCAAAACAAUCUUCCUAAUAGUUCACCUGGCGGCAAUGGAGGGUCACUUGCAUUGCUUCAAGUUCCUGGUGAGCAAGAUGCCCACACUCCUCCAUGCCUUGAAAGCCAGAAACGACCACGGGGACACCCCAGGAGACCUGGCAGAGAGGUUCUACAAGGACAGUGUGGUCAACUACAUUGACGAUCUGGAGAAACAGAAAGGCGAAUUGCAAAAGGGGGACUGUGAGUACCUGGUUGCGAGGGAUGGGCCAUAGCUCAGCGGUGGAGCAUUUGCCUUGCAUGCACAAGGUUGCAGGUUCAAUCCCUGACAGCCAACACACACACACACACUUUAUAUAAUCAUUAUAUGUAAGGUCAUAAUAGCAACAGUAAAAACCUGUCACUGAAAUUACUAAUCACAGAAGGCCUCCCUAGAAGGAAGGUCUUUACACCAUGAUGGAAGAUCAUCAAGGAAGGGGCAAGGGCCAGAAUUUCAGAAUCUGGUAAUGAACACUGAAAAGUCUCUCUUCCUGGUCCCAGUCAACCAUGAGGUUUUUUGAAUUACAGUGCUACCUCGGGUUAAGAACUUAAUUUGUUCUGGAGGUCCGUUCUUAACCUGAAACUGUUCUUAACCUGAGGGACCACUUUAGCUAAUGGGGCCUCCCGUGCUGCCGCCACGUGAUUUCUGUUCUUAUCCUGAAGCAAAGUUCUUAACCCGAGGUACUAUUUCUGGGAUAGAGGAGUCUGUAACCUGAAGCAUAUGUAACCUGAGGUACCACUGUAUUAUUUUUAGGCCUAUUUUAUUGAUAUAGUUGUACUUUGGAUCCCAAACGCCUUGCAACUUGAACGUUUUGACUCCCAAAUGCCACAAACCCAGAAGUCGGUGUUCUGGUUUGCAAACGUUCUUUGGAACCCAAAUGUCUAGCACUGCUUCCGCGGCUUCCGAUUGUGUGCAGGAAGCUUCUGCAGCCAAUCAGAAGCCAUGCCUUGGUUGUUGAAUGUUUUUGGAAGUCGAACGGACUUCCAGAAGGGAUUCCGUUCAGCAACCAAGGUACAACUAUACUUAUCAAUACAAUACCGAAUACAAAGUAUUUUUUUUUAAUAAUACACUAAAAUAAAACAAAUUCCUUAAGCUGUUUGGCCAUUUUUCUGUUUCAGUCGGCUCAGGGCACCUUAAAUUCUCUCCUGAUAGGGAGGGAAGGGGAGGCUUGUUUGACAUGGCUUCUAGGUUUUCCAGGAGUAGAAUAUAGCAAUUGUGACUAGCAGCCAUUGAUUCAGAUGCUAUUCUAAGCCAUAUUCACCUUGGAGGCAUGACUAAAUCACACCCUCCCAGUGAAAAUUGAUCAACUUGCUUAAGUUGCACAGAUCAGAGAAUCCAGCCUUUCAUGGACUGCCCGGGCUCCAUCACUCUCGGUUGAAAUGUUUGGCUUUCUAGAACUCCUUUUUCCAACCUAGUUGAGCUCUUAAACUGCUAUUUGGAGGGCUACUACAGCUCCUUCUGUUGUCUCUCUGCAUAGAUUUAGCAUUUCCAGGCCACGAUGCUGCUUUCAGAGGGGACGUGGACACAUUAAGAACCUUGCUGGAAAACCGUAUCAUCACUGUUAAUGAGAGGGACGAUCAGGGAUCCACACUCUUGCACAAAGGUUAGUGGAUUUCAUAUUGCUGUUCUCUUCCUACCGAAAUCAUUCACUCCUGUUUUCAUAGCGGCUGCAUUUCUGCCCUUCUUGCAUUUAAUUUCCCUCUCACUCGCAUCCUUCCAUGUGUAUUAAAUUCUUGCCAGUAUAGGAGAAUGCUUCAGGCAUCUGGUGACAGGGGCUUGUGGUCUACAAAAAGCUUAAAGGUAAAGGGGACCCCUGACCAUUAGGUCCAGUCAUGGUUGACUCUGGGGUUGCGGUGCUCAUCUCGCUUUAUUGGCCGAGGGAGCUGGUGUACAGCUUCCGGGUCAUGUGGCCAGCAUGACUAAGCCGCUUCUGGCGAACCAGAGCAGCGCCCGGAAACGCCGUUUACCUUCCCGCCGGAGCGGUACCUAUUUAUCUACUUGCACUUUGAUGUGCUUUCGAACUGCUAGGUUGGCAGGAGCAGGGACUGAGCAACGGGAGCUCACCCCGUCGUGGGGAUUUGAACCGCCGACCUUCUGAUCAGCAAGCGCUAGGCUCUGUGGUUUAGCCCACAGCGCCACCCACGUCCCUAAAAAGCUUACGAUGUAGUAAAUUCAAAGUGCCACAACAUUCUUUGUCGCUUUGCUGCCACGCAGACCAACAUGGCUGCACCCAAUGGAAAUGGCCGCUGUUAACAUUUUAUUUCCUUCUCUUUCACCCUGUAGCUGCUGGACAAGGUCAUUUGCAUGUCCUGGAGUGGCUGAUCAACAGGGAAGCAGACUGCAACAUUCCCAACGACGCCGGAGAGACACCCAAAGACGUUGCCAAGAGGUGUCCGUUUAUAACACUUGGCUGGGGAUUCUCUUGGGAUUUGUCCUGGCUAAUCUGGACUAAAUCCCACUGGGUUUCAGUUCUGGCCAAAGCGCCAGGGUUGAUUUAACUCUGCCAGACUGAAGAUCCAGUUUGCAAAGCUCUGCUGGGAGACAUGUUCUGGGGGAGCGUGUACAUCUUUGGUCCUCACCCUCCACUCAGCUCUCACUUGUGGCUCCUAGAAGCUGUCAGCAUGCGACAUUCCUGGCAUCUUGAGCUAAGGCUGGGAAAGUUAUGUGAGUCACUGCCAGCCAGUAUAGGCUGUGCUGUGCAGCCAGAAGAACAAAGGGUCUAAACCCUUUAAAGGUAAAGGUAAAGGGACCCCUGACCAUUAGAUACAGUCGUGACCGACUCUGGGGUUGCGGUGCUCAUCUCGCUUUAUUGGCCGAGGGAGCCAGCGUACAGCUUCUGGAUCAUGCGGCCAGCAUGACUAAGCUGCUUCUGGUGAACCAGAGCAGCGCACGGAAACGCUGUUUACCUUCCCGCCGGAGUGCUACCUAUUUAUCUACUUGCACUUUGACGUGCUUUCGAACUGCUAGGUUGGCAGGAGCAGGGACCGAGCAAUGGGAGCUCACCCCGUCGUAGGGAUUCGAACUGCCAACCUUCUGAUCGGCAAGCCCUAGGUUCUGUGGUUUAACCCUUUAUGAUCCUCCAAUUCUUCAAUCAAUUAACGGUGCUAUGCUGGUGGGAGGAUGUUCUCCAAGUGGUGAACUCUCCUUUGUUGGAGGUUUUUGAACAGAGUUUGGGUGGCUACCUGUGAUUCCUGCAUUGCAGGGAGCUGGACCACAUGACCCCUGGGGUCAUCACUGCAAUUCUGUGAUUCUAAGUGGGAGCUGCCGCUAAACUGGAGACAGCACAAAUUGCCAUCGGUGGCGGAAACCCCAGUUGCUGUCUCACGUUCCCCAAUGACCUCCUAACGGGAAUCUGAACUGCGUAGGUUUGCCCAGCUGGCCACUGUGGAGUACCUAAGGCAAAAGAUGGGGAAUGACUCUGAUGAGGAGAUUGACGUUGACGACCCACGGUUCUUUGAAAGUCAUGGCGUGGAAGGGAGCACCGACAGCAAGAGCGACGUGUAUAGCAAGAAACAGGACCGAGCAGAUAGUCGUGGUGAGUUGUGGGCCCUCCUCUCUCUGUUUAGGGGGAAGAAAGGGCUAAGGACAGAAGGGUAGGAAGUUCAGCAGGUGGACCGGCAUCAGCUGGCAGGUGGGCAGCCAUGUUUGAUGGGCCUGUAGCCAGGUUUGUGGCCCUUCUCCUCUCCAGCCUCUGCUUCUGCCUCCGCUUCUGGACUGCUCUCUGCCACAGCCUCUUCCUGCUCACUAAACACUGUUGCCCCUUUAGCUUCCGACACCUUCUCCUCCCAGUCUGCUCCCUCUGAUCACUCAUCGUCAUCCCACCUCCCCUGGCUCUGAGCCUUCUUCCCCUGGGGGUUUCCCAGCUGCUGCCUGCCACCACUCCUCUGCAUCCAGCCAGUUCAUGACAGCUGCACGCAGAUGGAAGUUCUGGAGCCCCCCGCCCAAACAGUGUAGGAAGAGCCUUGCUGGAUCCAAAUAGCCACUACAGCCAACGGCCACUGAUAGACCCCUUCUCCCUGCAUUGCCCAAUAACCCUUCCCCUUCAAAGGUGGUUUUCCUAGGGAAUAGGCAUCGGGGACGAUGCCUCCUAGUUUGGGCCAGAUACCUAGAGAGAACUCGCUAGAACUUGGGGCCACCCAAUGAAGCUCAGUGUCAGAAGGUUCAGGACAGACAAAAUAAUUUCUUCACACAGCACAUGGUUAAGCCGUGGGAUUUGCGCUCACCAGAAGCAGUGAUGUCCGUCAACUUGGAAGGCUUUAAAAAAGAGGAUGAAGGCUAUCAAUGGAUGCUAGACACAGUGGCUAAGUUCUCCCUCUGCUGUUUUUUUUAAAAAUAAAUUUUUAUUGUUUUUUUACAUAUCAUUUCUAACAGUCAUUUAACAUAACUUCUUAUCUUAUACAGUAUUUUAGACUUCCGUCAACAACCUCUGAUGAUUUUCCAUUCUUUAUCUCUUACUCUGCAUUUCUUAAUUUCUCUAUUACUCUUAAUUAUCAUUAACUAGUAAUUCUCUUCAUAGUCUUUCUUGCAAUAUUUCAGAUAAUCCUCCUUACAGAACUUCUUGCAGUCCUCUAGCGUAAUCUGUUCAUUGCAAUUGCUUUUCAAAUAGUUCAUAUAUUUACUCCAGUCUUCUAAGAAUCUCUGGUCCCACAGGUUUCGAAUCCUUCCUGUUAAUUUAUCUAAUUCUGCAUAGUCCAUUAAUUUCACCCGCCGUUCUUUUCGUCGGUAAUUCUUCUUGCUUCCAUUUUUGUGCCAAUAAUAUUCUUGCUGCCGUCAUUGCAUAUAAAAACAACUUGCAAUCCUGUCUAUUAAUAUCAUCUCCUACAAUGCCAAGUAAAAAUGCUUUUGGUUUCUUAAUAAAUGUACGGUAUAUUUCAACAUAUUUUUAGUUCUCCCUCUGCUGUUGGAGGCAGAAGACCUCUGAAUACCAGCUGUGGAGAAGGGUGGAGGGUUGCACUCAGGUGUUGCUUGAAGUUUCGCCGUGAGAACAGAGUGCUAGGCAAGAUGGGGUUUCGCCUGGUCCAGCAGGCUCCACUGAUGUUCUGUGAUCUCUUCCAGAAAGAGCCUAUCAGAAAAUUGAAGAGCUAAAGAAUCUCCUGGAAAUCGCCACCAGUGAUUACAAGCAGCUGGGAGGGAUCACCCCUGAGGAGAGGCAGAUCAAGAUUAAAGAGAGGCAGCUUCUCAGGUAGGAGCUUUGCAACACGGCCUCUGGUUUCAUGAAACUCUCGGGGUUCACAGUGCCGAGGGAAGGUGGUUGUGGCGUUUGCCCUCCUAUAUGUGUGACAUCAUACUGGGUUCAUAGGGAAAAGGUUAACUAAUUGUAGAAUGACUAAUUAAUGGGAACCCAGGGGACAGAGUUAACUGUGUAUAAGGUUUAAGCGCAGAGGUUUUUUAGGGAGUUAGAGUUAAGAGUUGUUGAGAAGACAGUCUGGAGUUAGAAGAAACAGAGAAGAUAAGUCUGUGGGUUGGGCUAGUCUGGUGUGAGAGAGUGAGAGAAUUUGUUAAGAGGAGUGAGUCAAACAGUUGAGAUAAUCAGUCAGAAGGUAUUAGGAAGGUAUAGGCCGGUAAAGAAACUAAAGUUAAGAUACUGACAGGAAUAUUAUCUGAGAAACCAUAAACUUGUUAAUGUUUGUAAAAUAAACUUGGUUUUUUUUGGUUCAUGUUAUGUGCUGAAGUUCUCACCCUGGGCCAGCAGGGGGAUACUGUAGAUAGUUAUGCAAAUGAAGGAUCGAAAGUGACGUUCAGUGAUUGGAUAGUUUUAGAAAGCUGCUACAGUUACGUUGUUCUGGAGCUCUAUAUAAGCAGGCUGACUGAGCUCCUCAGUUCAGUUCUGUUGUGGCCUCUGACUAAAGAAGAGCUGUUUGAAGAAUCACUGUGUCGUCUGAUAUGUUCACCCACAAAUUAACAGUUCACUUUUAACAACUGACUGGACUCAGUGUUUUACCAGAGUAACUGGUUGGUGGCAGCGGGGAAGUGAGCACAGUGGUGGCACAGGGAUCAAUAAACCGUUAAACGUCCGGGGACCCUGUGUGAUCGCCACAGUGGUGCUGUAACAAUUCCCCCGCCCUGUAAAAUUUAUGCACUUCUUGAUUGUUUAAAAAAGGAGACACCUGAACACCAUUUACAAAAAUAUAAGACAAUAAAAUCAAGGAGGGGGGGAAAUUGCAGCUGUAUUUUAAAACAUGCAAAAGUUAAAAUAUGAAAGCUGGUUAAAAUCAACUCGACUUUCUAAGCACCUGGGUAGCUUUUGUGAGGAGAACCUGAGCUUACAGGGUUAAACAGCUCAGUGUGUACGCUCUGCCUACUAGUGGGAGGGGGGAACUUCUACAUCAGUUCCGAGAGACUCAAGUCUUUGUUCUUUCUCUCUACUUUCGCUUUUGAGGAGAGAGGACGUGUUUUCGCGAUGCUGUUCGCUGUGAUAGAUAAUGGAUAGCCUGCUGUAAAUAAAACUGCUUUUAGCUGCUAAGAUCCUGAGUGGACUUUAUUUAAGCACACUGAAGAAUGCACUGGAGUUUUUUUUUUCCUGCAGUUUCCUCUUGCCGCUGACGAACUCUGCUAUGCUCAGAUAUGGACAUUGGAAUGCAGAGCUGCGAUGGGGGAAGUGUGCCGGACCUCAGGCUUAUCUGAGCAAUAAAUCAAUUCUCUAACAGUUUUGUCUAAACAAGAAUGUUUUCAGUAGGCACUGAGAAUAGUACAGCAAAGGCGCCUGCUUGAUCUCAAUAGGCAGGGAGUUCCAAAGUUAAGGUGCUGCUGCACAAAACGAUGAAGGUCUUGCAAAAGCAGAGUGGGUAUUAAGUGCUCAAGUUGGCACAUGUAUCAAUGGCUCGUGUGGUUUCACCACCAUCUGUUUAUUUAUAUGUCACUUUCCCACAAAAUGGUGCCCAAGUGCCUCUCAACAUUAAUAAGGAAUGACAAUACAGUGGUACCUCCGGUUACAUAUGCUUCAGGUUACACACUCCGCUAACCCAGAAAUAGUGCUUCAGGUUAAGAACUUUGCUUCAGGAUGAGAACAGAAAUCGUGCUCCGGCGGCAGUAGGAGGCCCCUUUAGCUAAAGUGAUGCUUCAGGUUAAGAACAGUUUCAGGUUAAGAAUGGACCUCCGGAACAAAUUAAAUAUUUAACCUGAGGUACCACUGUAUAUAACGCAAAAACAAAUGAGAAACAAUAACCAGUAUGUUGGCAUCUCUGGGCAUGAAUGUGUGUGUUGGAGGAACGGGACUUUGGAGAGAUGGCAGUGCCGAGAGGCCCCGUUUGGCAGAUUGCAGGUAUUCGUCUGCCCUGUCCCUUGUUGAUAGAAAUUUUAAGAUCUUGCUUAAAACUUUGUUGCUUUGCUGCCCUCUGCCGGCUAUUGUGCAUGGGAGACCAGCCCCACACAACGCUUGCUUGCUAAGCUGCCAAGGCUUUGUUGGACGACCAAAAGUGGGUUUAAUUUCGUGUGGCCAAAGGUCUUUGCCACAUAGAUUGCUGUGUGUCUUCUGCAGCCAGGACAGUGGCUCGUAGGUGCCAUUUGGGGUUUUUUGAUACCAUGCCAGGGGUCACCAAUUUUUUUAGUUCACAGAGCAUGUUUGGAUUCACGAGUGUGUGCAUAGGUGCCACCUACUGUGGUCCUUUUUCACUGACCUGCUUUGGAUCAGAAUCCUACCCCAAGCGUCAGAAAGAGUGCAUAUGUAUGUAUGCAUUGUGCACCAGUGGUGGCUGGUGCCCAUUGGAACUGGCAAGGUGGAAGGCAGGGAACCCAAACUGCAGAUGGAGUCAGUGCCAAUGACAGGUUGAGCCAACCAAUUCUGGUUUUGUCCCCAUCCUUCUCUUCCUUGCUUUGUUCUACAUGGAUAGGCAGUGCUACCCUACGGACUGGUUGUAAGCCACACAGAGGCAGAUGGGGGCAGACUGGUGGGGCAGCGCCUUGUUUGCCCUAAUAGAUCAACCUCCAACAAUGUGCACAAACAAACACACUCCCAUCCUCCAAUGGAGCUGGGGAAAAGUAGGAUCCAGUGGGAUCAAUCUGAGCCUUGAAAAGGCCAUAGAGCUGAAAGAGGAAGUGGGAAAGAGCGCCACUCUUCUGACUUCCUCCUCCAGCUCUAUGUACUUUUCAAGAAAGAGAAAAGACAACCACCUGCAUCAACUCAUGACCAAGGGGAAAAUGAGAAACAGAGGUGGAGCUAAGAGACUUCAGAGGACCAGGGAAGACUUCAAGGGCACCAUCGUGCCCACGGCCACAACCUUGGCAGCCCCUGUGUUCCUCAGUGGGUGGAGUAGAAUAAUAAUAAUAGUAAUAAUAAUAAUAAUAAUAUUUUUUUAUUUAUACCCCGCCCUCCCCAGCCAAGGCCGGGCUCAGAGCGGCUUACAAGCAAUAAUAAAAACAAGUUGAAUGAUUACAACUUAAAAACAAAAUUAAAAUACAACAUUAAAAUAUUACAACAUUAAAAUAAAAUGUAGCCUCAACGCAGGAGGAGAAGGAAAGAAAAAAAAAAGAGAGGGAGGGAAUCAAAUUGGCUCCAAGCCAAAGGCCAGGCGGAACAACUCUGUCUUACAGGCCCUGCGGAAAGAAAUCAGAUCCUGCAGGGCCCUGGUCUCAUGAGGCAGAGCGUUCCACCAGGCCGGAGCCAGAGUUGAAAAGGCCCUGGCUCUGGUUGAAGCCAAUCUAACUUCCUUAGGGCCCGGGACCACUAGGGUGUUGCUAUUUAUGGACCUUGGGGCUCUCCGUGGGGCAUACCGGGAGAGGCGGUCUCAUAGGUACGAGGGUCCUAGGCGUGAAGGGCUUUAAAGGUCAAAAGCAGCACCUUAAAUCUGACCCUGUACUCUACCGGGAGCCAGUGCAGUUCGAAAAGCACUGGGUGAAUAUGCUCCCAUGGCAGAGACCCCGUGAGGAGCCUCGCUGCAGCAUUCUGCACCUGCUGGAGUUUCUGGGACAGCUUCAAGGGCAGCUCCGCGUAGAGCGAAUUACAGUAGUCAAGCCUGGAGAUGACCGUCGCAUGGAUCACUGUGGCCAGGUCGGGGUGGGAAAGGUAAGGGACCAACUGCUUGAUGCGGCGAAGGUGGAAAAAUGUCGCCUUAGCUGUUGCUGUAACUUACGCCUCCAUGGAAAGGGAGGCGUCAAGGAUUACACCCAAGCUCUUAACGGAAGGCAAUGGCACUAAUUGGGCCCCCACAAGAGAAGGGAGUUGGUCCUUCAUCCCCAUUGCCAUCCCGACCCAGCCAUAGGACCUCUGUCUUUGAAGGAUUUAGUUUCAAUCGGCUCCCACGAAACCAUCUAGCCACAGCUUCCAAGCAUCUGGUCAGUGUGUUCGGGGCCGAGUCAGUGUGGCCAUCCAUCAGCAGAUAGAGCUGAGUGUCAUCAGCAUACUGGUGACAGCCCAGCCCAAAGCUCCGGAUAAUCUGGGCAAGGGGCGCAUAAAGAUGUUAAAAAGCAUCGGGAGAGAAUUGCGCCAUGCGGCACUCCACACACCAAGGAAUGGCGCGACGACAUUUCCCUCCCUAGUGCCACCCUCUGUCCUCGACCAGAGAUAAAAGAGCACAGCCAGUUACGGGCUAUGCCCUGUAUCCCCACGUCUGCGAGGCGGUGGUCCAGUAGAUCAUGAUCGACCAUGUCAAAGGCCGCUGACAAAUCUAAAAGGAUCAGCAAUCCUGACCCGCCUUGAUCCAGUUGUCUACGGAGAUCAUCUGUUAGGGCAACCAGAGCCGUCUCGGUCCCAAAACCAGGACGGAAACCAGAUUGAAAUGGAUCUAAAGCUGAUGUUUCCUCCAGAAACCUACCAAGCUGUUCAGCAACCGCUCUCUCAAUUACCUUACCCAGAUAUGGAAGAUUUGAAACUGGGCGGUAAUUGGAUAGGUCUAAGGGAUCUAAUGAAGUUUUCUUUAAGAGUGGACACACUACUGCUUCCUUCAGUUCCCCUGGGAAUGUCCCCGUGUCAAGGGACAAAUUGAUAAUUUCAACCAGGGGGGUCCGCGCAACAUCUGGACACCCCCUAAUCAGCCAAGAUGGAAACGGAUCAAGGAGGCAGGUGGUGGGCCUACCAACUUGGAGGAAUCUAUCCACAUCAGCAGGGAGUAUCCGAUCAAAAUGGUCCAACACUGGACCUGAAGUCAGUCGAGGGGCCUCCAGUUCAGUAACUGUAUCUAAAUUGGCAGGGAGGUCACGGCGGAGCAACAGGACUUUCUCUGCAAAAAAGCUCGCGAAUGCCUCACAGCUGUGGGUCAAAUUUGUGCUUAAAUUUGGUUGUCCUCCUAAGGACGCUAUUGACCUAAUUAUUCUAAAAAGUUGUGCCGGGCGAGAGCUAGAUGCAAUGGAAGCUGCAAAGUAAGAUUUCUUAGCAGCUUUCAAAGCCAUCUCAUAGGCUUUCAUAAGUGUCCUAUAAGAUGUUCUUGAGGCUCCGUCACGAGUCCGUCGCCAUACUCGCUCUAGCCGUCUGAGAUCCCGCUUCAUUUUCCGGAGCUCCUCAGUAAACCAAGGGGCCUGGUUUCGACGGGGUCGCAGAGGGCGCUUAGGCGCAAUCUUAUCAAUGGCUGCCAAGAGCCGGUUAUUCCAGUCCUCAACAAGGUCAUCUAAUGAGUCACCAGGAGGAGCAGGGUCCCGCAAGGCUUGUCGGAAUCUAUCAGGAUCCAUCUGUUUUCGCGGACGAGCCCAAAUAGGUUCGCCACCCGAGCAGGGGAGGAGCGGGAAGUAGUAUUUCUUAGGGUUUCUUAAAAUUACAUUUAUAUACCACCUUUUUCUGGUGUACAUGGUUUUUCUCUUCCUCCCCAUUGCACCCUCACAAGCGUGUGACGUAGGUUAGGCUAAGAGAUGGUGAUCGGUUCAAGGUCACCCAGUGAGCUUCCUGGCUGAGUGGGGAUUCAAACCCUGCUCUCCAGUCUUCUCAGCGCCGUCUUGGUUUUCUGCAGGUAAAAGUGGGAGACGGUGGAACUGACUCCCUCAGAAGUUGGUGGGUUUCUCCUUCCUUGGAGGUUUUAAAGCAGAGUUUGAGUAGCCACCUGCCAUGGAUUCUUUAGUUGAGAUUCCUGCAUUGCCAGGGGUUGGACUAUGAUGACCCCCAGGCCCCUCUUCCAACGCUACAAUCCUAUGAUUCCAGGACCAUUGGUGAUCUGCAGGAGCAGCUGGAGUACGAGCGGCUACGACGGGAGAAGCUGGAGGCAGAGCUGGAUCAGUGCCGGGAAGAGAUCGGGAAACUCACAGAGCAGCAGGAGAAACCCCAGAUCCCCACACCCGCUAUCACAGCAGUAAGUCUCCUUGUGUUGCUCACAAUUUCUUCGGAUAAUGCAAAGCAAGGCCAGUGGAAGCAGAUGCUGCAUCCCCAAACACUCAAACAGUGGACCAUUGACGGCUGACGCCUGUCCUGCACCAAACGUCCGACGUGGUUUCUGCAUGAGUGCAGGAAGCUCCUGCAGCCAAUCGGAAGCCGCGCCUUGGUUAUCCAAUGUUUUUGGAAGUCGAACGGACUUCCGGAAUGGAUUACGUUUGAGAACCAAGGUACAACUCUACAGUGGUACCUCAGUUUUUAAUAAUAAUAAUAAUUUAUUAUUUAUACCCUGCCCAUCUGGCUGAGUCUCCCCAGACACUCUGGGCGGCUCCCAAUUAAGUGUUAAAAACAGUACAGCAUUAAAUAUUAAAAACUUCCCUAAACGGGGCGCCUUCAGAUGUCUUUUAAAGAUAGGAUAGCUGCUUAUUUCCUUCACAUCUGAAGGGAGGGUGUUCCACAGGGUGGGCGCCACUACCGAGAAGGCCCUCUGUCUGGUUCCCUGUAACCUCACUUCUUGCAAUGAGGGAACCGCCAGAAGACCCUCGGAGCUGGAUCUCAGUGUCCAGGCUGAACGAUGAGGGUGGAGACGUUCCUUCAGGUAUACAGGACCGAGGCCGUUUAGGGCUUUAAAAGUCAGCACCAACACUUUGAAUUGUGCUCGGAAACGUACUGGGAGCCACAACACAAUCCAUUCUGGAAGACCAGUCGACUUCUGAAAUGUGUGAAAACCGAAAACUCAAUAUGGAAAACUCAAACAGUAGGCAGCCUAGGAAGUUAGGCUUCCGAGGCAUGUUAAAAAACCGAAGCAUUUACUUCUGGGUUUUCGGUGUUCAAAAAGCAAAGAGAUGGAGAUGUCCGAAAACUGAGGUACCACUGUAUUUAUCCUGGGUGAUAGAAGGGUGAGGAACCUGUGGGUCACAUUAAUAUGCGGUUGGUCUUCACGCCUUAUCAACCACAGCCAGCAAGGCCAGGGAUGGCAGGAGUUGUGACUCUGUGGGUGUAGCCUGACUACAGAUUCCCCAUCCCUGCCUAGGACUUUCACAGUAGCUGAUGGCAUAUGGCAGUGGUGCUAUCUUUCUGUGUGCAGGGAGCCUUAAAUCUGUUCCACCAUGCCCAGCCCCUUGCAGAUUACUUCCCGAUCCACAGCCUGAAGCUGCAGAGGUCAAGAAGUGCUUCCACACUUGACAACGCCAGAUGUGACAAACCGGCACACCAAAGAAAUAUUAGAGAAGCAAGUGGCUAUUGCUCCCCUGGAAGCUACAUACAUAAAGGAGGCUUCAAUUGCACUAUUGUUUACAUCCCUAGUUCAAUACCAAACGUUGGCCUGCUUCGCCCAUGAAAAUAAGCCACAGUUAAUAAACCAUAGAAUGGCUUGAAUUUUUUGCUGCUCUCGUGGUUCUGGAGCUUUUGGGUGGUGCCUGGUCCUUAACCACAGUUAAGGAGGAAGUCCAAGUUACCAGGUAACGCUAAGCUAUAGUUAAUGUUAACAAAGGCUUAUAAGCCAACCUUGGUCAAUGAACUACCUUUACCCAUAAGCUGAGCUGCUGGGCCAGGUUCACCCGUAGUGCAAAGCCAUGCUUUAGUAAACCAUGGUUUAGUAUUAUGUGCAAACUAGGCAAACCGCUGUGCUUUCCUGAUGUUUAAGACCUUCCAUUCCCCCCUCUUCAGUUAGCAUGGCAGUGGGUUAACACUUUCAACGUUGCUUCUGCAGGGGGAUGGUGAUCUGAGCAAAGCGCCGUCCGAUUGUGAUAAAGCAACCCCCGACACCAGUAGAGCAGCCCCUGAAGUCGCAAAGGAGAAAAAGAAAUUGAAGAAAAAGCCCUUCUGCAGCUCCAGCGGAGUGUUUGUGAGACUGUACUAACAGGAGAGCAAAGGGUCUUCCUGGCCUCUUGCUGGAAUGAGAGGGGAAAGAGUUUGGCUGAAAAAUGCAGGUGCUGCCAGAAUGAAAGCGCCCCGGUUAACAGUGCUCUAUCUAGGCUCUCAGCUACCCAAAGCAAAUGCACUUCCUUCCCUGAACUGAAAAUAUCUUCUCCAUCAAUUCAUCUGGUACAAAUGUCAGUUCUCAUAGGAGCUUAGAGCAGGGAUGAAGACCUCCCAUGCCCCUCCACAAGUUUUGGACUCCAACUCCCCAUCUGCCCUCCCCAAACAGCAUCUCCGUCAGGGUGAUGGGAGUUGUAGUCCAGCAAUAUCUGGAGGGGCACAGGUCUCCCCUAGAGGCACGUGGUAGCAGGCAGGUUGCCAUGACAGGAGAAGACCCCACUGAGAUGUAUUGCUAAUUAAGAGACAUUAGCACUUCAUUAAACUCUCUCUCUCUCUUUAUAUGUGUGUGUGUGUGUGUGUAUAUAUAUAUAUAUAUAUAUAUAUAUAUAUAUAUCUAAAAUCCACCUUAUUUCUCAGCCAAGAUUCCUAAAGUGGCUCUCAACCACAGAAAGCGGUUCAGGGUUAUGCACAGAAAUAACAUGCACAAUAAAGCCAGCUAAACAGACUGAGAUUGUUAAGAAAUGUACCCAUCACAUCCUGCAACUGCUGGAGUUCCAGUUAACUGUUAUCAAUGCUAGCUUAUCGCUGAAUAAAGCAGACAUUGGCAGUGGUA